AUCAGUUGAUAUACAAAUGAAGUAAUAUCAAAUUUUCUUUUCUCAACUAAAAAACAAUAACAAACUCUUAUUCUGAUUUUAUAUAAUUUCUUGUACUAUUUAUUUCUGAAUUUGGUUUUGUGCUCAGUGGUGCUAUACAAAGCAUUUCUACUGUCUGACAAUAAAAUAAUAGCUAUCACAAUUAAACUAUACCAUGAAUUUGGAACUAUUAGAGUCAUUCGGUCAAAAUUAUCCUGAGGAGUUCGAUGGUACACUAGACUCGAUAUCGUUAGCGGCCACUUGUUCUUUCAACCGCCGCGGAACACUGCUGGCAGUUGGUUGUAACGAUGGCAGAAUCUUUAUUUGGGACUUCCUGACCCGCGGUAUAGCGAAAUCAAUAUCAGCACAUGUAUAUCCAGUAUGCAGUUUGAGCUGGUCAAGGAAUUGUAAAAAGCUCGUAUCAGCAUCAACAGAUCACAAUGUGUGCAUAUGGGACGUAUUAUCUGGUGAAUGCGAACAGAGGUACAGGUUUCCAACACCAAUACAGAGGGUACAGUUUGAUCCUCGCAGAGAUAAAAGAUUCCUAGUAUGCCCCGUACGACAUGCAGCACUAUUAGUUGAUACGGACGGAGACCACAAAAUAUUACCUAUAGAUGAAGAUGGUGAUAUUAAUGUCAUAGCAUCUUUUGAUCGUAGAGGCGACCAUGUAUACACGGGCAAUGCGAAAGGCAAAAUACUCAUUUUAGACUCUCAGACAUUAGCAAUAAAAGCUAGUUUCAAAAUAACCGUUGGCACCUCGAGCACUACUAGUAUUAAAAGCAUAGAAUUUGCAAGGAGAGGAGACUGUUUUCUAGUAAACACUGCGGAUAGAGUGAUCAGAGUAUAUGACACUAAAACGGUCCUCAAGGGUGGUAUGAAUGGAGAUCCUGAGCCAAUACAGAAGCUACAAGAUCUUGUCAAUAAAACAACGUGGAAGAAGUGCUGCUUCUCCGGCGACGGGGAGUACAUCUGUGCGGGGUCGGCGCGCCAGCACGCGCUCUACAUCUGGGAGAAGUCCAUCGGGAACAUCGUCAAGAUCCUCCACGGCACCAAGGGCGAGCUGCUGCUGGACGUCGUCUGGCAUCCCAUCAGGCCCAUCAUCGCCAGCAUCAGUGCCGGAGUGGUGUCGAUAUGGGCGCAGAACCAAGUGGAGAACUGGUCGGCGUUCGCGCCCGAUUUCAAGGAGCUCGACGAGAACGUGGAGUACGAGGAGAGAGAGAGCGAGUUCGACGCAGACGACGAGGACCGCUCCGUAGACCUCGCGGGAGACGCGCACCACGACGAGGAGGUGGAGGUGGACGUCACAACAUGUGAAGCUGUGGCAGCAUUUUGCAGUUCCGACGAAGAAGGCGAAGAUGAAAAUGUGCUAUCGUUCCUGCCAAUUGCGCCAGAGAUCGAAGAUCCCGAGGACGGUUGGGCAGCGACACAAGAGACCGUGACGCCAACUGAAACCCCUGAAAAACUGGAGCCGGCGGCCAAGAGGCCAAAGUGCAAAACAUAUGACAUCUCGUUGAAAAUAGCGCCACCUGAACAACCACUAUCAUUUGGAGGCAAGAAUAAACAAACAGCUGGUAGCAAGAAAGUCGCUGGGAGACCUCGUAAAUAAAUUUAUAUUG